GAAGGCCUGAGUCAUUCCCAUGGCAAAGAUGUAAACCUUGGAGUCCACAAUGAUCUUCUCCUUCCGGAUCAGGUCUGGGCAAGAAAUCAGGUAAACGAAUUUUGGAGACCACGGCAGUUUUGAGACGGUCUAAGGAUUCGGAGGACAUUUAGCGACGGACGCGUUUCCUCCUCAGGAUCUUACAGUAUGAAGAAGGAGCAAGUUGUCCACUGUCAGUUCUCUGUUUGGUAUCCGAUAUUUAAGAAGCACACGAUAAAAAGUCUGAUCCUUCCACUGCCUCAGAAUGUAAUAGACUAUUUACUGGACGACGGGACACUGGUAGUGUCUGGAAGUGAUCACAACUCUCAGCCGAUCCAAACCAACAACAGCGAGUCAGAUGCCGACGAAGACGUACAGUGGUCGGAUGAUGAGACGACAGCGAUAGCCACUGCUCCCGAAUUCCCAGAAUUCGCUUCUACGGUGCUGGAGGCCAUCAACGCCCUGGGUGGGUGUGUCUUCCCCAAACUCAACUGGAGCGCUCCGCGGGACGCCAACUGGAUCGCUCUGAACAGCUCGCUGGAGUGCCGCAGCCUCAGCGACGUCUUCCUGCUCUUCAAAAGCUCUGACUUCAUCACGCACGACCUCACGCAGCCGUUCCUCCAGUGCAGUGACCAGGACUCUCCAGAUCCUGUCAUCAAUUAUGAGCUGGUGUUGAGGAAGUGGGCGGAGCUAAUUCCUGGUGGAGAGUUUCGCUGCUUUGUCAAAGAAAACAAACUGAUCGCCGUCUCCCAGAGGGACUACACACAGUACUACCAGCACAUCCUGAAGCAGGAGCAGCACAUCUCCCAGGCCAUCCAGGACUUCUUCAGCCAGCACGUUCAGUACCGCUUCCUGGACGAAGACUUUGUGUUUGACGUGUACAGAGACAGCCAGGGCAGGGUGUGGCUCAUCGACCUGAACCCAUUCGGAGAGGUGACCGACUCGCUGCUGUUCAGCUGGGACGAGCUGAUGUCUGGAGAAGUGGUCGACCCUCAGCAGCAGGUCAGUCUUUCACCCGAAGCGCACGGCUUCCGCGCCCCGACCCGGAAUCCCUCCGUGACGGCUGAGCUCGUCUCCCGGUUUGUGUUGCAGGACGGCCCGGCGUUCCGCUUCACCACGAGCGAGGUGACGGUGCAGCCCAGUCCAUGCCUGAGCUACAGGAUACCGCGGGACUUUGUGGACCUGUCCACCGGAGAGGACACCUACAAGCUCAUUGACUUUCUGAAACUGACGAAGAGCCAGCAGGAGGAAUCCGAAGAGGAGAAUCCUCCCCAGUGAUGUCAGCUUUUUGUAUGAUGUGUGUGAGGAGACUCGUUUCCCCUGUCGUCAUUUAUUUUUAUACUGUUUUCUUGUCCUCACGCUGUUCUGUACCACGUCUUCUGGACCGAGUCACGGCUGGGAAACAGAACUUAAGUUAACAAAUCAUGCCAGCAACUCCUGGAGGUCAUAUUGUUCUGUCAGGCUUUUCCCGUCCUCUGUAACUGUGGAGGGUCUCACUUGCCUGCUUUUAUGCAUUGAAAUAGGUGCAUGUAGAAGUUAUGAACAGUUAAUAUGGAAAAAAGUAGAACAGCCCAAUAAAUAUUGACUUCUUCGCA